AUGCAUCAUCAUGCAUGUGCGAUUGGGGCUGAGAACAUCAUCCUUAAACUGGCUGAUCUGAUCGAACAGGAAUCGCAGCAGUAUUCGCCGAUAGUACGAAAGCAUGGCGAGUAUAUCAGUGAUGCACUCAGGAUGGACCUGACAGAUGCACCGACAAAUACGACGAAUAGUUGCGACAUGUACUCGAAUACUACGAGUGAGCCGAUACGCAAGAACAGUGAGUCUGAAGCAACAGUUGUGAGCGCUCCAACAGACGAUAACUCAGCUGAUGAGAAGAAACCUAAACGAGCAAUUGUGAAUGAUCCGAAGAAGAGAGCACAAGAGUUGACGACAAUCGAUCGACAUAAUUUUCUGCUUCAUCAGUAUUACAUUCGACGUGAUUUCGAGGCGUGUAAAGCGUUGAUUAAGGAAAUAUUGGAUGAAACGAAUGGAAUGAAUGAAUAUGCGAAUUAUAUCCGAGGCAAAAUCGCUCGAAUUCAAGGAAAUCUCAGAGAAUCUCUGGAGUGGUUCGAAAAAGCAGUUGCAUUGAGUCCGCAGAAUGCGAAUUACUUAUGUCAAGUUGGAAGAAUUCAUUUCUUGCUGGGCAACCAUGAGAAAGCAUCAGAGAUUCUCCUGAAUGCAAUCGAAAUGGAUCCAGAUAAUACGGUUCGUUUCAUUUGUAUUCCGUUGAGUGACCACUGGGAGAGGAAGAAUCACGAAGAAAAUCUGAUGGUUUCUCAUCGGAGCAAUAAAGCUUAUUAUUGGAGAGCUAUGGCACUUUAUCACACAAACCAUUCAAACGAGAUGGUUACAAAGGCACAAGAAUGUUUAUUGUCAUCUCCGAACGCAGCUAAAUCUUGUGAAAUUUUAACGUUUCUGGCUAAACUUUUUGUACAAAAGAAUGAAAUAAUCCCUGCAAUCGAAGCUUACAAGAAAGCAAUUGAGAUAGAACCAGAGAAUUUGGACAUUCUAACGAAUAUCGGACUGCUUUACUUGCGAACACAAUCUGACGAUCAGUCGUUUUCGAUUCUUGGUAAAGCGUUAAGCUAUGAUCCAACGCAUGUGCCGAGUAUACUCGCUGCAGGUUCAAUCAUACAAGCAAAUGGUGACUACGACGUUGCACUUGCUAAAUAUAGAGUGGCUGUAGAUAAGUGCGAUUAUAAUGGACCGUUAUGGAAUAAUAUUGGAAUGUGUUUCUUUGGCAAAGGAAAAUACGUGGCUGCGAUUAGUUGCCUGAAAAAGGCAAAUUAUUUGUGUCCACUCGAUUGGAAGAUUUGUUUCAAUUUGGGACUUGUGCAUAAUGCAAUGCAACAAUAUGCGUCUGCGUAUCACUUCAUCUCAUCCGCUGUCAAUCUCAAUCCACGUUCACCACUCGCGUUCAUGGCCUUAGCAGGUGCUCACUUAUACGAAAUAAUGCUCUCAUUUCAGUCGCUCUUUUACAUAUGA